AUGGGUGUCCUCUCUUCCGUGAAUGUUACGUUUUUCAGAGUGGCAUUUUUGUCUUUUCUGGCGUUUGCCUGCCUUAAAGACGUAAACAUGGUAUUAUCAAAUCCAUCGGUGUUAUUAUUUACACACUCGAUGGGCCUUCCUGCCCUGAUUCUGCCAUCCCAUAGUGCCCAGCUUGGCCUGAUAUCUGUGCUGUUCGGCCUCCUGGCAACGCACGAUUUUAUUCCAUUACUAGAAAAGAACAGAGUGUUUUUUGAGUCAAUCGUUCCUAUCCGGCUAAUGUUCUUCUUCAUUCUCACCGCGCUCUCAUAUUACAUGGAAGGAAACCUAUACAUCCACAACAACGCUGUUUUCAUUUAUGGAUUUUGUGAGGUUUGGAUGAACUUCUUGAUCUUCUCUGCUAUACGUGAUGAAAAGAAUGAAGACUUCAAAAGAGCAAACAGAAUACUAGCUGAAGAUCAAAUGUUAUAUGAGGAAGACGCCGAACUAAGCGGCGCGGAGCUGGAGGAGAUAGAAAAUUCGAGCGCCGAAGAGUGA